GGGUGGAGUAAAUCCAAAACGAAUGUGGACUCGUACACGAGGUGGGCGGGGAUUGAAGAGAAGGUGUGCCGGAGGCCAGCUGGGGGCGGGACUUCGUGCGCGGAGUCCGUGACGCGUCUGGGAGGGGGCGGGGUGUUACCGGCUCGCGGAGGUACCCGAAACGAGGUAAACGGAUCGGUCUCUGCGAUAUAAAGAAGAGCCGCUGCCUACUCCCGUAGCUCUUUGAGUCGUUGGCCUGGUAUUGAUCAUGUCUCUGAGAAGCAGGCUCUCGAGGCUUCUUCAGAAACAAGGGCAUUCUGUGCUCAAGAAAUCCGUUCACUCGGUGGCUGUGAUCGGAGCCCCGUUCUCUAAAGGGCAGAAGCGAAGAGGAGUAGAACAUGGUCCUGCAGCCAUAAGAGAGGCAGGGUUAUUGAAAAGGCUCUCCAACUUGGGUUGCCGGGUAAAGGACAUGGGAGAUCUGAGUUUCACCCCUGUGACCAAUGAUGAGCUCUAUAACAACCUGGUUGUGAAUCCUCGAUCAGUAGGCCUUGCCAAUCGGGAAUUAGCAGAAGCAGUUAGCAGAGCUGUGUCUUCUGGUCACCAAUGCCUCACUGUGGGAGGAGACCACAGUCUGGCAAUUGGUUCCAUUAGUGGUCAUGUCCGGCACUGCCCAGAUUUGUGUGUUAUCUGGGUUGACGCUCAUGCUGACAUCAACACACCUCUUACCACUUUGUCUGGGAGUCUGCAUGGACAGCCAGUUUCCUUCCUUCUCAGAGAACUGCAGGACAAGGUGCCAUCACUUCCAGGAUUCUCCUGGAUCAAGCCCUGUCUUUCAUCCCCAGAUAUUGUAUAUAUUGGCCUAAGGGAUGUGGAUCCUGCUGAACAUUUUAUUCUAAAAAAUUAUGACAUCUUAAACUUUUCAAUGAGAGAUAUUGACCGCCUUGGAAUCCAGAAGGUCAUGGAACAGACAUUUGAACAACUGAUCAGCAAAAAACAAAGACCAAUUCAUCUAAGCUUUGAUAUUGAUGCUUUCGACCCUUCACUGGCUCCAGCAACAGGAACUCCAGUUGUCGGUGGGUUGACUUAUCGAGAAGGCAUGUAUAUUACAGAGGAAAUACAUAACACAGAUGUUUCUUAGACUCCCCAAAUGAAAAUGGAUGCCUAAGAAGAAUUAGAAGCUCCAUCAUUAAAACUUUUUGGUCUUGAAUCCAUGGAAAUAUGCAUCCUAAUUAAAACUCAUUUAUUCAACAGUUAAUGUUUCUUUAAUUUUUUGUUGACCCUCCUACCUGUGUUGACAACAUUUUGAGUUCUAGUCACGUUUUUUGGUCUAAUCAGAUAUAAUCUGUGGAAGGCUAGCAUGUAUAAAAGAACAUUAUAAUCAAAGAGGAAGCAGGAUAGCUUUGUCCUUAAGAGUAACAAGGUUAAUGCUUGAAUCAUUUCUCUAGUUCUAGACUUUCUUAGUGAUCAGGCAAGGAAAAAAAGCUAGAGAACUUGUCAAAGUCUUCCUAACGAAGAAGAUAGCAUUUCUAUUUUAUGACCAGCCAGCCAGUAUAAAUUUUUAGAAAAACAGACUUGGCAAGUUCCAUCCCACCCUCAAUCUCUUAUUUCUAGCUUUGACUAUUUUUCCUCAGUCAUAAUUGUAAAGGAAAAAAUAGAAAUUGAGCUUCCUCAAAGCAGAGGAAAAAUAAUAGUUACAGACUGGCUCAUUGCAUUAAGGUAAAAAUCAAGUGAAAGGUAAAAUCCCUGGUGAAAAAAUCUGGGGAAGAUUAUGGAUUUUUGUGUGUGGAAAAAAUAAAAAAUCACCUUGAGUGAUAAAGUAAUGAAAACAAGUUUGAUCUUCAGCAGUUAGGAAAGGACAGAUCAUAUUAAGGUUUGUCUGAGGGUUUUAAUUUAGUAUCUUUUUUUUAAUUGAAAAAUUAAGAGUGAAUGGCCAAUAGAGGUGCAUGUUCUUAUAAAAACUACUAAACAAAAAAUCUUUUAGCCUACUAAACAAUGUGACAGAUGGCUAAACAUCCUGGCUAGCUAACAUCAUUCAUUUUGAUUGCAUACUUUUAAAUUUUGUUUUCUUAACAUGUUUUCUUAUCAUGGCAGCACAUUUGAAGUAGGAUAUCAAAAGUAGAAGUCAAAAUACUUAGGCCACAGGCCUUUUAAAAUAAGAGGUAAAUCUCCAGAAAUAAGCACCAUGCUAGGGCUCUGACUAGGUUAACAAACCACCCUCCCUCUAGUAGAAAUACAACCAGUAAAGAAAACAGAAUUCCACUUUACUUCCUAGAGUAAAAGUUAUAUAUUUCAGUAGACGAAUGUUAAAUAUCAUAGCAGCUUGAACCAUUACAAUAUAGCUUCCUGAAAUAAGUAGUUGGAAGCUGGCUACUUUUCUCUCCCAGUCCUAUUGA